GAGAACUUCUGCAUUCUGGAUGAGCAGAGAUUUGCUAAGGAGCUACUCCCCAAGUACUUCAAACACAACAAUAUCUCCAGCUUCAUACGACAGCUUAACAUGUAUGGUUUCAGGAAGGUGAUUGCUCUGGAGAAUGGUAUGAUUACAGCAGAGAAAAGCUCAGUCAUUGAGUUCCAGCACCCUUUCUUCAAGCAAGGGAAUGCACAUUUACUGGAAAACAUCAAGCGCAAGGUAUCAGCAGUAAGAACUGAGGAUCUCAAGGUCUGCACAGAGGAUUUGCACAAAGUACUCUCUGAAGUCCAAGAAAUGAGGGAGCAGCAGAACAACAUGGAUGUCAGACUGGCUAACAUGAAGAGAGAAAAUAAGGCCCUGUGGAAAGAAGUGGCAGUUCUAAGGCAGAAGCACAGUCAACAACAGAAGCUGCUGUCUAAGAUUCUUCAGUUUAUACUGAGUUUGAUGCGAGGAAAUUAUAUUGUUGGGGUCAAAAGAAAAAGGUCUCUAACAGAUGCUGCUGGGGCUUCACCUUCCAAAUACAGUCGUCAAUAUGUUCGCAUACCUGUGGAGAGUGGCCAAGCGGUGGCCUUUUCCGAACAUAAUGCAGAUGAUGAGGAGAGAAACGGCAGAGGUCUCAUCAUUCGAGAUAUUACUGAUACCCUGGAAAAUGCCACCACCGAUGGUCUCCUUGCUGUGGCACACACAAGUGGCAGAGCUGGAGAGACACAGGCAGCUCUGGAUCCUGACUUACCUAUUUGUCAAGUAUCGCAGGCAAAUGAGUUAAAUUGUGCAGAACCUAUCCCACCAGUUCAUCUAAAUGACGUAAACAAAUCCAGUGAAAUAGGAAAUGUUGCUGUGGAACGCCACACUGCACAACCUAACGCUCCGGAAGACCCCGUGUCAAUGAUUGACUCCAUCUUGAAUGAGAACAACUCUGGAAACCAAAAUGAUCCUUUACUGGACAGAGAAGAAAUUCAGGAUUUUCUGAAUUGCAUUGAUGCCAGCCUUGAAGAGCUUCAAGCAAUGUUAUCUGGGAAGCAGUAUAACUUCGGUUCUGAAGCUUUCAGCGAUACAUUUAAUCCUGAGCUGCCAGCCCUGGAUAUGAGCUUGAUGGAAACUUCCCCUGAUAUGGAGAAUAUUGAAAACUUGGCAGAGAGCACUGAAGAUCUGGGAGUGAGUGAGAGAGAAACAGCAGGAAGCAAAGAUAUGCAGCUGAUACAGUACAGGGCAAAUCCUCUGCUUUCGUUGUUUGAAGAACUACCUUCAAGUGAGGCCGCAGGGAAGACGGAGGAUCCGAAAGACCUGCUGCUGCCCACCCUGGAGGAGAAACCUGCGCUUCAUCCUCCCUCAGGCAGUGAAACUGUCGUGCCGCUAGCAGCUCCAGCAAGCCAGGCUGAGCCUCUGGAUGCUCUGGGAAUGGGUGAUCCACCUCUCCUCUCGGAAGAUGGCAAUGGAGAGUAUAAACUGUUUCCGCUUUUGCUCCUCAGUCCUGUUGCUAACUUCAUAGAAGAGGCCUCUGAGAUAGAAACUUCUUGA